GGAGGUGGUGACUGAGCCAUGAGGUAAUGAGAUAGAGGAAUGGGCAGAUUCUAAGAAGUACAGAGCCAGCUGGCAAGUGCAGGGCAUCCUUGGUAGGUGUGGAAGAUACCAAGACCCUUGCCUUAUUUCUAGACAUUUGGGGGGAAGCUUACCACUCAUAGGAGUUCUAAGAACCCCUCUACCCAUCAUCCCCUGCUUCCCAGCAGGACGGAGCUUUUGCGGUGCAAACAAGUGUCUUUUACUCAUCGCGCUCUGUAGGAAGAGAGAGACUAUUUAUGACUCUAGUAUAUUACAGUAGGGUCUCAUCACAUAUUUGUUGAACGGAUUUUCAGUUGAGGACAGCAGACUCAGAGAGGCCAGACAACUUCAUCCCCCGUAGCAUCAAACUAUGGUUUACCGAGCGGCCCCUAUGUGCCCAGCAUUGUUCUGGGGAAUUCCUCAUAUGUUAUCUCAUGGAAUCCGCACAGCAACCCCAGGAGACGGGUCUCGCUAGCCCCAUUUAACAAACAUGGCAAUCACCUUCAUACCCGCUGACUCUGACUUCCAAGGCAACCUGUCCCCAAAGGCGCUGGGCCUGCUGGAGAAUGGGCUCGCCUCCGAGAUGAAGAGCCCCCAGCCCCCAUACGUCAGGCUGUGGGAGGAAGCCGCCUAUGACCAGAGCCUGCCUGACUUCAGCCACAUCCAGAUGAAGGUCAUGGGCUACCAUGAGGACCCCCGUCCCCUCCUGGCCCCUGAGCCGGGACAGCCGCAGCUGGGAGCCAGUGGUGGAGGAGAAGGUGGCCCUUGUGAGGCUCAGGCCUGGAUGGAGGCUGCGGUGGUCAUCCACAGGGGCUCAGAUGAGGACGGGGAAGAGAGAAGCCCGACGGAGAGCAGGCUUGGCCUCCGGGCCUGUCCCCAGGGCCCUGCACCCCUGGCUUCCUUCCAAGAUGACCUGGAUGUGGGCUCCAAUGAGGAAGGCAGCCUCAACCCAUCUCCGCCUGAGGAGGACGAGCCUCACCCCCCGCCCGGGGAGCCCUGGGCCUUCAAGUGCCCGCUGGACCGCUUCCAUGACUUUGCCCUGAUCGACGCCCCCACGUCAGAGGACGCGCCUCCAGAGCGGCUGUGGUGGGAUACCGCCCUGUCCAGCUAUGGGCAGCAGUCCCAAAGGACAAAGGAGGAGGAAGAGGAGCCUUCAGACAUAGGCACAGAGGAGCCAGAGCAGGAAGGGGAAGACUUGUACUAUGGGCUGCCGGACAGCCCUGGGGACCCCCUUCCGGACAAGGAGCUGGGCUUUGAGCCCGACGCCCAGGGUUGAGAUGGGACCACUCCCCGGGUUCUAGCCCUGCACCACCGCUAACCCCCAUGCCACUUCACAGGGCCUCGAUGCCCCUGUCUGCCAAAUGGGGCUGUGUGGAGGUUUGCACAAGACAGUGGACCCGAGAGCACUCUGGGGGCUCCAAGAAGUGCAUGGGGAGGGGAUGUUUGCUGUCCGUGGGCCGUUGCUCUCCAGCUGUUAGUUCCCUGUGGUGAAGCUUUGAAGGCACGCUGUGAUUCACUGAGAAGAUUCGCUGCCGCUGGGGCCCUCAAGAGCCUUUUCUGCCUCCCCCCAAAGCUGGCCUCUGAGCAGGACCCAACUUGGUGCUACCCUGAUCCUCUGUGAAGGCCUCUCAGGGUUCCCGAUCCCGCUCCCCGUCCCCCACCCCCCCAUCCUGCCCCAUGCCCCAUUCGGAGCGAACCACGUCGUCUGCCCACGUCCCUCCUGUGGCCCCCUCGGCCCCAGUUCCAAAACCUUCCAUGAGUCGCCUCUGCUGACCUCCCCCUGGCCAGCCGCGCUCCACACCUCCUCUCUCUAAUUCCACGCCCCCCUCCCACUACUGCGUCCCAAGCUGUCCCCUCCACCAGCGUGCCCUUUGCUUCCUUGCAUGUCUUGGCAACUUCAUGCUCAGCCUUCAGACCCCGGCACAGAUGUCCCUCCUCUGAAAGCUUCGCCUGGUGUUACCGCCUCCCGGACCGAGUUACUUCUGGCUCCUCUGUGCCACCCUCGGGCCUCGAACACUUACUGCCGGAGCAGGGCUGGCUGCCCGAGGCUAGCACGUUAACUCUCCUCACCUCAGUAUCUCCUGCGCUCCGGCCAGUGGUCACUGAAGGCUUACAAGCCUGAGCAGAGCCUUUUGCAGGUGGUUGCCCCCAUCGCCAUCCCCGAGCUCUCAGCCCCCCACCCCUUCAUUCUCUAGCAUUCAGACCUCCAAAUGGCAUGCACAGGAGUCACAAAGGCGGGCAGAAAGCCCCCACAGAAACCCCCUUCCCUGCAGAGUACAUCUGCGUUGGCUUAGGAAUGUGGGUGAAACGAAGCCUCCUGGCUCGAUUCAGCUUGAUUCCGGUGGUGUUUACGGAGCACCUACGGUGUCCCAGACACUACGCCGGACUCUUUAGGGGGAGAGAGACACGAACCUAGAAGGUUCUUGCCCGCCAAGAGCUUACGAUCUACUGAGCUUGGCAUCUUGUAAGUUAGGAACAGAGUGCAGAGUGCAAGCCAAGGCGGGAGCCGAGGGGUUGACAGUGGGCACACCGGGGGCAGUAGAGUGACAGCCGCACAACCGUCUGGGGCCAUCGAAGGCAGCAACGACCAGCUCAGGCUACCUGAGCAACCCCUGAAGGUAUCAGUGUCCCGCAGCCUCCCGGUGUAAUGCUUGUAUGAGUCUGAUCUCUGCCAACGCCUGUGUGCCCCAGCAUGGACAGUGGCAGCGUCCGAGAGAAGGCCAGUGACAAUGCUUCCCACUCAGAACUUGCACCCGGGGCCUCCGGAUUAGAGUUGGGGGUCUCCGCUGAGGGAGGGGGACGCGCCCUGUGCUGAGUCAGAAGUACACGCCCCUGGAGACGCACUCCCCCUUCAUUCUGGAUCAUUACCACCCCCACCCAGUAGGAAAGCCUCUAUGGUGAAGGGCGCCGCGGGGCACAUCCCCUCUGCCGUCGCAUGCUCCCGCCAGUGGCCCUGAGACAGUGGAUAGUAAGGUGCAGCGUCAGGGGAGCAGGUGACCUGCAUCAGAAGGGGCGUCUGGGCAAACAGCUAAAAUAAAGUGUUCGAUGUUUAAAGGGGUCACCUUCACCUGCAAAUUCUUUUAUGUGAAACUACCAUCUGUCCCCUCUCUGGGCGGGAUGAAUAAGGCAUUGUGCCCGGCGGGCACCGUGGGCACUCUCUGGAAAGUGAACACCACCCGCGGUGCAGUGACCAUGUGGGACAGCUGUGUGGCACAGAAUCUCAGGAGCCGCCCGUGCCCCUGAAUCAC